CAUUUUAAUUUAUAUUUCAAAAUUAUUCUAACUUAAAUUCCCAUAUUUUUAUUUUUAUUUUCUAAAUUUAAGAUAGUUCUGUUUGCUGAGGUUUCUUACAUUUCAGGUUAAGGUUGGUAAUAAUCACUGCUUCAUCAUCUUCAUCAUCAUCAUCAGUGUAGGUUUCUGUGUUUUUUCUUAGUUUCUUUGAAUCACUGCCAUGGCUUCUUCAAGCUCUCUCUUGAGAAUGGAACAGAUACCAGGGAAAGGAAGAGGUAUUGUUGCAGCAAAAUCCCUGAAAGCAGGUGAAAUAAUCCUCACCGAAUCCCCUCUCAUUCUCUACUCAGCUUCUCCACUCUUCGCACCAUCUUCAUCACCUUUCACAAACUGUGAUCACUGCUUCAGAAUCUUACCCUCUCACACUAACAUUUUCCCAUGCCCCUCUUGCUCCCACCACACUUUCUGCUCCCAAAGGUGUCUCUCCCUUGCACGCAACUCCUCACACUCCACUUGGGUAUGCAAAGCUCUCAUCUUUCUUCUUCAACACCCCAACUCAACAACACUCUUUCAACAACACCCCCCAGAACGCCAAGUCCAAGCCCGUUUCAUUGUAGCUUCUCACAACCUCUUUCUUCGUUCCCCUUCUGAACUUCACACCUUGCUCUCUCUUCAUGGCACCCCAGACAGUGCCAUUUUUGAUGCUGCUAAGUUUCUCCACUCUCUGAUCUCACCACUUUUCCCUCAACAGUGUCAACUUUCUGUUGAUAUCACUGCGCAGCUUCUUGCAAAGGACAGACUCAACUCCUUCUGCUUAAUGGACCCUUAUUCCCCCGAAGGGCCUCAGAGAUCCAUCAAAGCGUAUGCUAUUUACCCCAAAGCCACGUUCUUCAACCAUGACUGUGUUCCCAACGCGUGCAGGUUCGAUUAUGUGGACACUGGUGACGAACACAACACCGACAUGGUUAUUAGGUUGAUCGAGGAUGUUCCUGCUGGGAAAGAGAUCUGCAUCAGCUAUUUCAGGAUUGGAAGGGAUUAUUGCACCAGAAAAAGGAUCUUGAUGGAGGAUUAUGGCUUCACUUGUGGAUGUGAUACGUGUGUGAUCGAAGCAAAGGGAGAAGACAAUGGGGAGAAGAACAGUGACCUGCCACACGUGCGGUUCCUUCGCAAGCAUGUCUGUGAGAGGAAGAAUUGUGCUGGCACAAUGGCUCCUCUGCCUCCAAAAGAUGAUGUGCCUUCUAAUGUUCUGGAGUGUAACUUCUGUGGCAAUUUCAAAGAAAUAUUGUGAAUGAUGAUGCUUAAUUUUGAUUGUGCCAAUGAGACUAUUUUCUGUAUCUUUUUUAUUACACUUUGGUAAAAAUAUGUAAUAUGAAUAAUUUUAAGAAAUGUAUUCUGAGAGUGACUUUACA